AUGGACGAAAAUACAAAUCAAUGUAAGGAAGCGACUGCUGUAUUAGCAUGGUGCAAUCAUUAUCAAGAAGAAACAAUCUUACCACUUCGUUCUACUCUCAAUAGCUUAUUAGCAUCGCAUUUUGACCGUUGGUCACUCUCAGCAGACAUGAUUUACUCAAAAAAGCCUGCAAAUGGUCUGUCAAAUGAUGAAAUGAACCACGUAUUUAAAGCUAAACUUAAGUAUACACGAACGUGUACACCAAUCCCAGUUUACUUACGUCGAUUAUCGGGGGAUUUUUGUGCUUUGCAUGUCUGCAAUCAAACUCGUUCAAUAGAUAAGCUUCGCCAUCCUAAUAUACUACAUUGUUAUGGAGCAUAUCGCGAAGGAAAUGAUGUUUAUGUUGUGACUGAACCUUGGAAAAUGUUAUUAAAAACGGCAAUAAAUGGAAAUUGGAACCUCAGUCUUGAGCAAAGUCUUCAAAUGGCUGUCGAACUGACGGAACUUUGUUCACAGAUGCCUCUCAUAAUCUCUAAUGAACAAUUGACACCAGACAAGCUCGUUAUCGGAAAAGAAAGUCAUAUCAAACUUAACCUACAAUUUCCUGAUUUCGCAUUGCAUAAUUUCAUUGGAAUCAAAGAAAAAAGACGUGGUUUGCUGGCGAUUGAUGGUGGCGGUUCUCGAGGGAUAAUUGCUGCGAAAAUUUUAGAACAUCUUGAAAGCGCCAUUGGUAAACCACUAUGGGAUUGCUUUGAUUAUGCCGCUGGUGUUAGCACUGGUGGUUUGUUGGUCUUGUCCGCUUUGCUGAGACGGACACCAUCGAAUCAGCUUGUACCUAUGUAUCUAGAUUUGUGCGACAAAAUAUUUCCAUCUCGUUUCUCACGUUUUGGUGCCUAUUCAGCAAUACCACUGGAAUUAGAGUUGGAAAAACACUUUGGUGAAACACGAAUGAAACGUCUUGACCAUAAAGCACCCCAUGUGUUUGUUGUAACCAAACGAAACUAUGAACCUGAGCCGUAUCUCUUGCGAAACUACGAUGUACCAGAUAAUGUGGCCACGUUCAAAGGUGAAUCUGGCUGGUUAUGUUCGAAGGCAGCACGAGCGACCUCUGCAGCACCAACGUUUUUCCGACCUGUUGAACGUGAUAGUAUUCAGUAUACAGAUGGUGCAAUGGGUUUUGAUAACCCGGUUCUGCUACUCUUCAAAGAGAUGAUCCUUUUAUUGUCCGAAUCGGGUAAUGGUACCGAAGACGAAAAUCGGUGUCUGCCCAAUAUUGACUACAUUGUUAGCAUUGGUACGGGUAAGAUGGAUGGUUGGCCAGCACCUACGAGCUCACCAAAGUCCGGCAUAUCGCGUGUUUUUGAAACAGUGCAGUUAGCUGUCGAAUUACUUACCGAUUUUGAAAAUUCACAUCAUCAAAUGCAGAUGCUGGCCAAGGCGUGUGGUAAUAUUCCGUACUUUCGCUUCAAUCCUGAACUGCCUGAACGAGUUCCAUUGGACAUACGAACAAAGGCCGAGCUCGACAAAUUAGUCAAUCUCACUACAGACUAUUUGAGUGAUCAUAACAGUGGUAUACCCGAGCAAAUUGAACAGCUUAGAGAUCUUGUCAACAGCAAAUGA